UAUGCCACCACUUGUCUUUUUCCCACCCACACAUUAGCCUCAAGCACCAUUCUUUUUCUUUCUCUUACUCUCUACUUUGUACUUCACACUAACACACUCCACAUUCUCACCUUUGGAUAUGGGGAAGCUCAUGCGUGCUGUUCAGUACAACAGCUAUGGUGGAGGCCCUGCUGGCUUAAAGCAUGUUGAAAUUCCCUUGCCCACUCCAAGUAAAGAUGAGAUUUUGGUUAAGUUGGAAGCAGCUAGUAUAAAUCCGUUUGACUGGAAAGUGCAGAAAGGCAUGCUGCGGCCACUUUUUCCUCGCAAGUUCCCACAUAUACCUGGCACCGAUAUAGCAGGAGAGGUCACAGAAGUUGGUCAAGGUGUUCAAAAGUUCAAACCUGGAGACAAAAUUGUAGCCCUUGUUAACCCCUUUAAUGGUGGAGCACUGGCUGAGUAUGCUGUUGCUAAGGAGAGUGUCGCUGCAUCAAGGCCAUCAGAAACCUCGGCAUCCGAAUACGCCGGGUUACCUGUAGCUGGUCUGACGGCUCUCCAGGCAGUCACCAAAUCCUUAGGGAUCAAACUCGAUGGGAGUGGUGAACGGAAAAAUGUUUUGAUCACUGCUGCAUCAGGUGGUGUUGGUCACUAUGCAGUCCAACUGGCAAAGCUAGGAAACACUCAUGUGACAGCGACAUGUGGAGCUCGCAACCUUGAAUUGAUCAAAAGCUUAGGGGCUGAUGAGGUAAUUGACUACAAGACCCCAGAUGGUGCUGCUUUGAAGAGUCCAUCCGGUAAGAAAUAUGAUGCUGUGAUUCACUGUACAGUAGGCAUUCCGUGGUCCACCUUUGAGCCUAACUUGACCAUGAGAGGAAAGGUUGUAGACAUAACUCCAUCAACUGCUUCAAUGUUGACAUUUGCUCUAAAGAAACUUACCUUCUCCAAAAAGCAAUAUGUGCCUUUGGUUUUAUUUCCAAAGGGUGAGGACCUUAAGUGUCUUGUUGAUUUAGUCAAGGAAGGAAAGCUUAGAACAGCUAUAGACUCCAAAUAUCCUCUAACCAAGGCUGAAGAUGCCUGGGCUAAGAGUAUUGAUGGUCAUGCAACUGGGAAGAUAAUUGUUGAGUUCUAGAUAUACUUAGUAAUGCUCCAUAAACUGAAUACUAUGUAUUAUGUGAAUUGAUUUAGGAAUGUGUUGCUGUUUACUUUGGUAUGACAUGAGUCGCAUCAUUGUUUAUGACCCUAUAUGCUAUAACAAUUGAAUUGUUCUCAGACCAUUUAUUAAGAAUGAUAUUAUGCAUUGUCUUUAUCAUAAAUGAUGA